AGAGCAGCAGGCUACACUUCGCCUCCGUGUAGGCUACGUUAACGGCGCGUUGCCCGGAUGUGGAUGCGAGCAGGUCUCGCCUCCGACGGUACACACACUCACGCAUACGCAUACGCGCACACACACACACACACACACACACAGGCAACGUGCACACCUGGACGCGUCAUGUGACCCGCUACCUGGGCGUGGAGAGAGAUUGACAGUUAUUUUGCUUCGAUGCUUUUUUUGUUGAAUAGGAGGCUCAGCUCAGAACGCGCUCUGUGCCAAAUGCUGCCAUUCUCUCUGCAAAAGUAAGAUGUGAACUUUUUUGGCGUUGGCGUCACUUUGGGGGAAUUUUAUUUGUUGGUUUGUAAUUUUAUUAUAAAAACAAAACCGCUGCCUGGACCUGUUUGUUCCGCUACUACCGAUUCUGCCAAGAGGUCAGUCGUGUCGGGGUCAGUGAGGGCUGUACAGGAGAGUUUGGAGUGUUUGGAGUGAGCUGCAGGCUUCGGCCCGAGUUGUUCGCUGGAAAGGAUCCCAGAGCUACAGCGGAGAGAGAGCCAGGAAUUCCAGCUAUGUCCAUUAAAGUAGAGAGAUGGGAGAUUGGGUGCAGACAGUCCUGCUCUUGGUGUGUGUCUCCUCCUUUUCCAGUGAGGGGACAGUUUUGGAGUUUAGCACACUCACACGCAUCAACAAUGUAGUGCAGGACCCUGCCACGGGCCGAGUCUACCUGGGUGCGGUCAACGCCAUAUACCAGCUGGACGCAUCCCUGAAGCUGGAGGCUAAAGCCGAGACGGGGCCUAAGAAAGACGCUCGGAGCUGCACGCCUCCAGUGUCCACAUCCACGUGCAUGUCUGCGGACCUUAAAGACACGAACAAUGUCAACAAGCUCCUUCUGGUUCACUCUGCGAACGGAUCUCUGAUCGCCUGUGGGAGCGUGUACAGAGGGAUCUGCUCCCUGCUGAACCUCAGCAAUGUGAAUCAGCAGAUCUACUACAGUGACAGUAAGGGAGAGAGGACGUAUGCAGCCAGCAUCGAGGACAGUGUUUCGGUCGUCGGGAUCAUGGCUACGUUCCAGUUCAAGGACGACCCGGAAAAAAAGCCAUUCAAUGUCUUUCUGGUCGGGAAGGGCUACGGCAGCCAGGAGGACAACCCCAAGCUCAUCACCACACGCAUCCUGGAGAACUAUAAGGAGUGGGUUGUGUUCGAGAGCAUCGUGGAGGCCUCGGCCGUCCAGGCCAUACCCUUCGCCCCCAAGUACCAGCACCAAUUCCGCUUUGUCUUUAAAGACUCCGGCUUUGUCUAUUUCCUCUUCUCGCGCACUCAGGGCGGCACUGACAACAAGAACUUCACGUUCUUGUCCCGUCUGUGUGAGAAAGAUGAAGGUUAUUACUCCUACACCGAGCUGCAGCUGAACUGCAGUGCAAAUGGCAUCUACUAUAAUAAAGUUCAGGCUGCAUAUGUGAACAACCCAGGAAAGGAGCUCGCUCGAGCCAUGCUGGAUUCUGGCUUAUACGGAACCAUCACGGUAUGGGAUAAAGUACUCUUUAUAGUGGCCACUCCAGAUGGUGAGAAUGCAACGGACUCGGCUCUUUGCAUGUAUCCGUUAAAGCGCAUCAACGAGAGGGUGGAGGACAUCCUCAAUGCCUGCUACACUGAAUACGGAAAGAUCGGAGGAAGACCAGCCGUGUACAGCCCUUACAUAUCCAGUCCUGGAAAUCCUUGUGCACAUCGACAUAGUAAGGAAAUCGUGGACCAAAACCGGUGUGGAGCAGAGUUCCUGCGCUCCCCGCUGGCCAGCAGGCCUGAGUUCGCCCUGCAGGCAGAGCCGUUCUUCACCAAGCAGGCUCGAGGUCAUCUGACUGCCGUGGCUAUCGCUGUAGAAAACGACCACACUAUUGCCUUUGUAGGGAACACCAUGGGAGAGGUAUUGAAGGUUCAUUUGUCAAGCAAACCAGAGGUGUACAACAGGGUUCCUGGGGACACCAUGGGCGAGCACGUGAACAAGAAUCUUUUCUUCGACAAGACCCAGAGUCAUAUAUACAUCACCACGGAGAAAAAGAUCACUAAGGUGCCGGUGCAGUCGUGCCACCAGAAGACUGACUGCAAGGCCUGUGUGGCUCAGAAAGACCCAUAUUGUGGCUGGUGUGUCCUGGAGGGCAGGUGUACCAGGAGGUCAGAGUGCAGUCGAGCUGAAGAGAAGAACGGGUGGCUGUGGAGCCCCAGACAGCAGUGUGUUAAAAUAGUUUCCUUCCAUCCUCCAAACCUCAGCUGCAAGAGAUCUCAGCAGGUGGAAAUCAACGUUCCUUCGCUGCCCAGCAUCAGAGACUUUGACAGGAUCCACUGCAUGAUCGGUUGGUCCAGUAGUAAAGCCAUCAUGGUGGACUCGAUGGUCAGAUGCAACCUGCCUCCCCCUAACCGGCUUCCUCCUACGCCUCCACACCAAGAUUCGGUGGCGGUGCCGGUGAGGAUCUUCGUGAACGACAGCGUGGAGGUGGCCUCCCGUGACUACGAGUUCUACGACUGCGCAGCAGCAGUGCGCAAAGCGGAAAAUACUCCGUGUAUCGCGUGUGUAAGCAGGCCAUGGGCGUGUCAGUGGAAUACCGCCGAUCACACGUGCUCGGAUAUGAACGACGCCGAAACUGGGCCUAAUAUUAUCAAACACAGACAGACAAAGAAAUGUCCACGAUUUGAAAACCCGGAUCCCAUCCUCAUUCCAGUUGGAUAUAAAACUCGCAUCAGUUUUGAAGGAGUGAAUCUGGAGCCCUAUAAGGGCAGAGAGUUCACCAUCGGGACUGACCUAAUGAAACAGUUUGAAGAUGAUGUGAAAACCGAAGAGGGACCAUUUUUCUCUUUCAGUGGAUACAUGUUUUCCUAUGAUAAGGCUCAGGAGACCAGCAUCCUGUUCCAUAUUAAAGACAAGUACACAGAGAAGAAGAUUGACAGCACACUAAACGUGACACUGUAUAACUGUUCUCUGGGCCGUGAGGACUGCAGUUUGUGUAAGAACACAGACUUUAAGUACAACUGUGUGUGGUGUUCUCGCUCACGCUCCUGUGUGUUUCACAAACUGUGUCCCAGUGAUGAGGAGCAGGAAUGUCCAGACCCUGUGAUCUCAGAGAUUAUUCCACGCUACGGACCACUGAAAGGAGGCAUCACAGUCACCAUUAAAGGAUCGAAUUUGGGCAUUCACAAAGAUGAUAUCAAGAGCAUCUCUGUAGCAGGAAUUUCCUGCAUACACCAGGAGGAGAAGUACUCUGUUUCUACCAGCGUUGUGUGUGAAAUCGGUCAAGUGAUCCGCCGAGGGCCACACGAAGGUCUCGUGAAGGUGGAGGUGAAGGGAGAGAGGAGGAGCAAAUCCUCAGUCUUCUUCACUUACCGGGACCCUAAGCCUGAGGUGGUGCAGCCCCGCCGCGGUCCCCGAGCAGGAGGAACAAUCAUCACCAUCACCGGCACUGACCUCGAUACGGCUUCUAAAGAAGACAUUGACAUCUCUGUGGGUGGAGUGCCAUGUCCAGUUGAGGAGUUUGGGAAGCAGAUUACCUGUAAGGUGGGGCAGUACAGAAAUGAGAAAGUGCCCUCUGAUGCCCUUCCCAUCACUGUGCGUUACGGGAAACACACCAACAUUCGGGUGCCUGCCUUCUUCCAGUUCUCCAGCAACCCGGACAUUUCUGACCACCAGCCCAGAAGCAGCUUCGACUGCGGUGGGAGAAAGAUCCGAGUGAUGGGCUCUGGUUUCGACCUCAUCCAAAAAGCCACAAUCAUAGUGCAAGCUUCAGCUGACGAAUGGUCCGGACUUCACAGUUCUAUGGAGUAUAGUCAGGAGGCUCACAGCAAGAACGACACCAUGCUGCAGUUCCUCUCCCCUGCCGUCAACAGAACGUACGAGAGCCAGUCCUUCAGAACUUUCAUCCAGUUGGACAACCUGAUAGAGGAGCUCAAACCGUUUGAUUACCAUCCAAACCCCACAUUCAACGAACUCCCCAACAAAGUCAUCCCGGAGAACAGCAUGAUCAUUGUCACGGGUCGUGGUUUUUCCAAAGCCAUGACAGCAAAGGAAGCGGAGGCGUUUGUGGGUGACGUAUCCUGUAACGUGAACACUCUCCAGGACGAUAAGCUGUUCCUGGAUCCACCCACCACCACCCCGAGAUCUCGUUCUAAGAGACAGCGGAGAGACACGACAUCUGAACCUCUAGACCUUCUGAUUAAGUUUGGUAAUGGCGAGUGGUUGGUUGGCUCUGUGCAUUAUGAGAGGAAGUACGAGGUGAAACUGGAUACAAUUAUCAUCCCUGCAGUUAUUGUCCCGAUGCUGCUGAUCAUAGCGAUCUCAAUUGUGUGCUACAGGAGGAAGAGCCAGCAGGCAGAGCGGGAGUAUGAAAAGGUGAAGCACCAGUUAGAGAAUCUGGAGGAGAGUGUGCGUGACCGCUGCAAGAAAGAAUUCACAGAUCUGAUGAUCGAGAUGGAGGACCACACGAAUGAUCUGAGUGAGGGUCGCAUCCCAUUUCUGGACUAUAAGACCUAUACGGACCGUGUCUUCUUCCUGCCCUCAAAAGAUGGAGCCAACGAUGUCAUGAUCACCGGCAAGCUGAAUAUUCCCAAGUCCCGCAAAGCCACAGUGGCGCAGGCUCUUAAUCAAUUCUCCAACCUGCUGAACAGCAAGACCUUCCUCAUCACUUUUAUCCGGACCCUGGAGGCUCGUCAAGACUUCAAUGCGAGAGCUAAGGUGUACUUCGCCUCUCUGCUGACCGUGGCCUUGCAUGGGAAGCUGGAAUACUACACAGACAUCAUGAGGACGCUGCUGUUAGGGCUUAUGGACGAGUAUGUGCAGAGUAAAAACCCCAAACUCAUGCUACGCAGGUCAGAGACGGUGGUUGAGAGGAUGCUGUGUAACUGGAUGUCGAUCUGCCUCUAUCAGUUUCUGAAGGACGCUGCAGGAGAACCCUUGUAUAAACUCUUUCGUGCUAUAAAACAUCAAAUAGAGAAGGGCCCAGUGGACAUGCAGGUGAAGAAGGCUAAAUACACACUCAACGACACAGGUCUGCUGGGUGAUGAUGUGGAGUACUCCAUGCUGACCCUACAGGUGUUGGUUCAGGGGGAAGGUCCUGACAUCACUCCAGUGAAGGUGCUGGACUGUGACACUAUUUCUCAGGUGAAAGAGAAGAUCAUUGAGCAGGUGUACAAAAACCUACCCUACUCACAGAGGCCAAAAGUGGAUAGUGUCACACUUGAGUGGCGCCCCGGCUCCACAGGGCAGAUCCUGUCAGAUCUUGACGUGACCUCGCAAAAAGAGGGCAGGUGGAGACGCCUUAACACACUAGCACACUACAACGUUCGAGAUGGUGCCAUGCUAAUCCUAUCCAGGGUUUUACACACACAGCAGUCAUAUGACCAAAACCACGACAACCACGAGGAGAGAAAUGCCCUGCUGGAGGAUGAUAAAGUGUUCCAUCUAGUCCGGCCGGCCGAUGAGCUGGAUGACGUGAAGUCGAAACGAGGCAGCAUUAAGGAUAAGUCCAUGACCAAAGCCAUCACAGAGAUCUAUCUCACUCGUCUGCUCUCGGUCAAGGGCACGCUGCAGCAGUUUGUAGACGACUUUUUCCGCAGUGUUCUCUGUUCAGGAACCGUGGUGCCACCUGCCAUUAAGUACUUCUUCGAUUUCCUGGACGAGCAGGCCUUAAAGCACGAAAAUGUGGACGAGGAAACCAUCCACAUCUGGAAGACCAACAGUCUGCCGCUUAGGUUCUGGGUGAACAUUCUGAAGAACCCUCAUUUCAUCUUCGACGUCCACGUGACAGAAGUGGUGGAUGCCUCGUUAUCGGUCAUUGCUCAGACCUUCAUGGAUGCCUGCACUAAAUCGGAGCACAAACUCAGCAGGGACUCCCCAAGCAACAAACUUCUCUAUGCAAAGGAGAUUUCCACGUAUAAAAAGAUGGUGGAUGAUUACUACAAAGGAAUCCGAGUCAUGGUGCCAGUCAGUGACCAGGACAUGAACACACACUUGGCUGAAGUGUCACGGGCUCACACCGACAAACUGAAUACACAAGUUGCCCUCCAUCAGCUGUACCAGUACGCCAGCAAAUACUAUAAGGAGAUCAUCAUGGCUUUGGAUGAAGACCCUGCGGCUCAGUGUAAGCAGCUCACCAUGCGACUCCAGCAGAUAGCGGCCGCUCUCGAGAACAAAGUGAUGGAUCUCUAACCCGCUCACGGAGAGACAGACGGAGAGAAAGAAACCGAGGUGGAAUCGAAACUGCCGCCGGUCACGUCACACUCCAGUCUGUGGGGCAGAAGAAGGAACGGUUAAAGAAUAAAAGUCCCUUGGUGUGUAAUUAGCAUAUAAAUAUAAUCAGAUGUUGAAUUUCUUCCUGUGUAGAAAAAAAAAAGGUUUUAAGAAUUGUAUUAUCUAUUUUUUUUAACGUGCAGUCUUUAUGAGGAAAGCUUUAUAAGGAAGAAAUAACUUUUUAAAUUGACAGCCUUGUGUUGAUUUUGUUGGUUUUGUGUGUGUGUGUGUGUGUGUGUGUGUGUGAAUUGAAUGUUAAUUGUUCACACACAGGAUGCCUAAAUUCUGACCAAAAGGGAGAAUGCUUGGUCACUGAUACUGAGCACUGUUUCGUGUGUGUGUGUGUGUGUGUGUGUGUGUGUGUUCAUCUUGGAAUCAUGACUUAUGCAUUGAUCAACCAAUCAUCAUCAAACACGAAACACGCUCGUUGUCUAAAAGCACAGAAGCUUUUCGGGGGUUGUGGUGUUUUCUACUGGUGCAGACCUGCUGAGCUUUGGGUGUCGCCUUAGCAACCUAAAAAGAAGCCAGCAUUAUGAUCCACAGCAGCACACUUCCUGUCCGUUCCCAAAAUUCACCCUGACCGCACAGGCCAGAUUUGGUUUAGGCAAUAGUACUGAAACUGGAAAGUGUCUCAACACAAGGCGUGUCAUUUUUCUACGUAAAGAAAAUAAAAGUCGGUUAUUUGUGUGCGUGGUUCAUAUCAGGAAGCGUAACCGGACACAACCGGAAAAAAAAGAGAUGGUCACUUUUUAUGGUGCACUAAAAGUUCAUUUCCCUGAGAUGAUUACAGCAUGCCUGUGUUUCCUCGAAGAAUCGCGGCGACGUGACUGAAUCAAACGCUCCGUUGACUUUUUUAAUCUAAACUCCGUCCUAAUAUCAUCACAGCGCUCUCUGGGCGGUUCGGUCCCGGAUGCCACUCGGAGUUUCGCUGUUUUUUUCCCUCCGUUGUUGCUCUGUUGAAGCAUCCGAACAUUUCACACUAUGUACAUUUUCAUUCCUCGCCAGUAGAUACACCAUCCUGAGGGCUGAGAGAUUAUGUUGUGUUUUUUUUUAUUAUUUAUUUACUUCUCUAACGAACAAACCUGUUGCUUUUGAAUUGGAAUCUUUUCUGAAUCCGAACGAUUCCGUCGUCUACUUCAAUGACGAGCGCAACUGAACGACGGAGCACUUAAGAGACUCAUUGUCUGAUUACGGCUUGGUUCUAAACUAAACUGUAGUUUAUUUUAAUCUGAAUCCGGAUUGCAACGUAAACAACCUUUAAUUGUAAACAAACAUUUGAUAACGCCUGCUGUGCUUUUUUUUUUGUACCUUUGUACUCCUCAUACCUCUAGAUGUCAUAAAUGUAAGCACCAAAUACUGCAAUACACACAAAUCCUUCUCACUGUUGUUGUUGAGGUUUUUUUUUUUAUUAUUAUUAUUCUUAUUUUUGUUCUAUGAAGCUGUUGCUUGCCGUGUUGAUCCAGGAUCAGUUUUGAGAUCUCUCGCAGCUCCACUAGUUCUUUUGGUCAGUCAGAACUGGUUCUCGAUCACCACAAAUCCCUGUUUGUUGUCGUUGUUUGUUUGUUUUUUUAAGCUGUACCUCUCAGGGCUCGUCUUGCCCUUGAUUUUACUGCCAGUCUGAUACAUUUCGGUCUCUGAAUAGUGGGACUUCCUCUUUGAAGUAACACUGGUCUGUUUUGUCGCCGAACAGUGUGGGGCGUUGUGAAGAAGCCUUGUGGCGCUUGGCACUGCCCACUCAAUUCCCCUCGCGCUGUAAUGAAAGCAGCGCGAGCCGUGUUUGAUCUUAAUUGCAUGUGGGCUGCUGACACUGUGCUUUUUUAAAACGCCGCGCUGAUACAUUCCUCGUUUCUCAUUUCCGUUCACGACCGGAGACCGAGCCCUUCUUCCCCAUCCCUCGAGCUCGAUGUAAAGCUUCUUUCAGCCUUUCUUUCACCAAAAUGUGCCUUACAACGAUAAGUGUUACACCUUCUUUUUUUUUUUGUUGAUUAUCGAUGAUAUUUGGUGAUAAUGGCGAGUUUUAGUCCUAGGGCGCUUGCAGUGUAUUUGCAGCCGUGGUGUCGAGUGUAAGUAGGAUCAAUUUUCUGUGCCGUAGUCACAAUGUGCCAAUAGGCUAAUCAAAUAAGAGAGAAAAAGGCAGUUUUUAUAUUAGUGUGCAUCUUUGGAACGUCCUUGGCUUGUGUUUGUGUGUGUGUGUGAGUGUGUGUGUGUGUGUGUGUGUGUGGGUUGUGUGUGCUUUUGUAGUUGUAUUGGGAACAAGCUUAGAUUAGUCAGAACUAAACUAAGCUGUGGUGAAUGUAAAAUAAUUCCCCCAAAGCAUCUGCGACUUUGCUUUUUAUUCCUCAUCCAAACGGAGAAUCUUCAAUAGAAGUGUUGAGUAGCACAGGGUGUCUCACUGGUGUGUUAUCCCUUAGAGCUAUAAUUUGUUUCUAUGCUAUUCCAUAGUGUGUAUGAAAAAAAAAAAUCUAUACUCGAUGACCUUCUUACUGCUGUGCAGUUAUUUUUAUUCUUUCAUGUCCUAUGAUAUUAUUAUAUUGCCUUUGUAUCAACAGAAAAGCAAAAUCUGUCAGCAAUGUAUUCUUGUGUAAUAUCCUAUGCAUUUGAAGUCCUGGAAAAUGGCGAUAUGUCGUGCUGUUAUCAAAAUGUUUUUGGGUUUUUUUUUUCCUCCCCCCCCCUUCCUUGUGGUUGUAUAGUGAACUGAGAUUCCCGGGACUGUAAGGUACAGUAAGGCAGGAGAAUAAAGAUUAGCCACGGCUCUUUCAGGCCUGGCACCUCAGAAGAGUUCUUACAUGCCUAAUCUGUUUGUACUGAAGUGCUCGCCGCUCAGCAAGGGUCAAGGCCUGACAAAACACCUUGCGCCCUUACAUCAAUAAAGAGACACUUCCAUUUCA